AUGUCCAAGAAGAGAGAAUUGCUCUUCUUGACUUGUAACAGAUUUACGAUUGCUGAAUUCUCCUCCAUCGAUAUUCUGAAGAAUACUGUAACUGGAUUACUGCCUGCUAGCCCUGAACAGCAAGAUGCUUGGGUUCGUGAUAAUGUAUACAGCAUCCUGGCAGUAUGGGGCCUUGGAAUGGCCUAUCGCAAAAAUGCUGACCGAGAUGAGGAUAAAGCAAAGGCUUAUGAGCUUGAGCAGAGUGUGGUGAAACUGAUGCGAGGGUUGCUACACUGUAUGAUGAGACAGAUAAAUAAAGUUGAAAAAUUCAAGUACACCCAGAGUCCACAAGAUGCCCUUCAUGCUAAGUAUAACACUGGAACGUGUGCUACAGUGGUUCAAGAUGAUCAGUGGGGUCACCUACAAAUUGAUGCUACCUCCAUCUUCUUGCUUUUUCUUGCACAAAUGACUGCUUCAGGGCUUCAUAUAAUUUUCACUCUGGAUGAAGUGAAUUUUAUACAAAAUCUUGUGUUUUAUAUAGAAGUGGCUUAUAAAGUUGCAGAUUAUGGCAUGUGGGAGCGUGGUGACAAGACAAACAGAGGAAUUCCGGAGCUCAAUGCCAGUUCUGUAGGUAUAGCCAAAGCAGCUCUCGAAGCACUUGAUGAAUUGAACCUCUUUGGAGCUAAUGGAGGCCCCAAAUCAGUUAUCCAUGUCCUAACAGAUGAAGUACAGCUCUGUGAAUCUAUUCUACAUUCAAUGUUACCUAGGGCAUCAACAUCCAAAGAGAUUGAUGCUGGUCUCCUCUCAGUCAUUUCCUACCCAGCUUUUGCAGUAGAGAAUAUUGAUUUGGUAGAGUUAACUAAACAAGAGAUCAUUACAAAACUACAGGGUCGUUAUGGUUGUUGCCGGUUUCUUAGGGAUGGCUACAAAACUCCAAAAGAGGAUCCUACAAGGCUUUAUUAUGAGCCUGAAGAACUGAAGUUUUUUGAGAACCUAGAAUGUGAAUGGCCUUUGUUUUGGACGUAUAUGAUCCUCGAUGGCUUGUUCAAUGAUAACUCUGAGCAGAUCGAAGAAUACAGAGAGGUCCUGGAUGGAAUUCUUGUUAAGGCGGAGGGUGGAAUACGUUUAGUACCUGAGCUCUAUAGUGUUCCACCUGAUAAGUUGCUGACAUGCAAUAACCUACAUUUUGUUGAAGACAAGAGACUCUUAUUACACAAGCAAGUGGAACACUUGGAGCAUCAGAUAGUAGACAACCUGAAUGCGUUUCACAGUCAAAAAUUCUCAAUCUUCAGUAUGAAGACAUGUUUUGACCUCAAUCCUGAAAUGGCGGAAGGAAUUAAACUAGUUUAA